AUGUUUGGAAUGGGGAAGAAGAAAGGAAAUUGCAUAUCAGACGAGCUGUCCCCACGUAUCAAGGGGAAGAACAAAUUCCAGAACAAAUUUUUCCUUUUCUUCAACAAUCUGGUUUCGGGUGGAUUAUCAAGAUGGUUUGUGUGGGAGCCUUACCCAUCAACCGUUAUGUCAUUCUUGCCUCCCGUUUGUUUAGUCGGAAGUCUCGCGUGGUACGCGGUGGUGCCACUAAUUUGUUUCCAAGUUAUUGAGUGGCACCAACCGGACAGAGUCUUGAGACAAUUUGGGAUGCAGCAACCAGUUCCAGAGUCUCCUUCACAACCCCUAAACAUUCAUGGCAUAACAUUAAAGGGGAAACAUGACGAAAAUUGGGGGCAAUUGUUCGCCCCAAUGAUUCAGCAGUGGAAUAAUCGCCAUGCAUUUAGGGUCGACGCUUAUCCCCGACAAGAAGGCCUAUUGAGUUUUAACUCGGACUACAUGGUCUGGUAUAGGCGAAAGACAAAGAUGUUUGUUGACCCAGAAAAUGCAAAGACGGCUACAUUGGGUGAAGUUGCGGAGGCAUUACAAUACAUGUUGUCUCCUCAAGGGAGGAAAACAUGCACAUUUGAUGAUCUCGUGCCUUAUUUUCUGAAAUUAGCUGUACAAAAUGGUUUUGUUCAGUUUCCCAUUCUCAUCCCUAUGCCUUUGACGUUUGUGCUACUUUCUGCUGCUUCUGUUUCUCCAACAGUUCUCUUUUUGGGACAUUUGGCUGGAAUUAGAAAUUGCAAGCUUUUAGGUCAUUGCUAG